GCUAGUAUUUUGUUGCUAACUUGUUAGAAAAUGGCGUCGCCGAUACUUUUGCCACGUCGGUCAAGUAGAGAAGAAGUUAAGAGUCUAAUCAUAGUUUUGCCAAGAUGCUGACAGAUGUCUAGUGUAUGUGAAUGCUUCAUUUUUCUUGUUGUCAAAAGCUUGACAAGUGUAAUGGGAUGAGUGAGUGUCCGAUAGCAGCUUAUGUCUGUUUAGAAGGACCAGUUAAAAUUUCAACUCACGAUAUUAACGAACAAGUACUCCGUUUCUCGUCAUUUGUUUCAACAAUUAUUUUAAAACAUGCUGACUAAACCAUCACGCAUUAUUGCACUCUGCUCGAUGGCCAAUUUCAUCAAUUCGGCGGAUCGGGUCAUUAUGCCGAUAGCUAUUGUUCCGAUGGCUGAUGAGUUCAAAUGGGAUCUGCACGGCCAGGGAUGGGUACUUUCCUCCUUUGCAGUCGGGUAUAUGAGUAGCCAGGUGAUUGGUGGAAGUGCUGCAAAGCGAUAUGGAGGCAAGCGUGUGCUAACAAUUGCUGUGUUGUUGUGGUCAUUGUCAACCAUUGUGGUACCAUUGUGGGCACAUUCCAUACAUGCGCUCAUUUUCUCUCGAGUUCUUUUAGGCCUUGGAGAGGGUGUUGGUCUUCCAACUAUAUUCCACAUAUUUUCCCAUGCCAUUCCUGGAGAGGAACGUUCUAGAGCAUUUGGGUACCUGGUGGCUUUUGGUUCAAUAGGGCAGACUGUGGCUGCAGUGUUGUGCCCUCACCUACCCUGGCAGUGGAUGUUCUACGUUUUUGGGAUAGGAGGCUUGCUUUGGCUGCUUGUAUGGCUCAUGAUGUAUACAGAGAAGCGAAGCACUCUUGAUUUAGAGGAGGAGUUUGUAGAACCUCCCAAGGUGAACAACACAAAUGUGAGGUGGACAGAAUUUGUCUGUCACUGGCCAUUGUGGUCUGUGUAUCUGGCCCACUUCUCAAUGAACUGGUCCAAUUACAUCAUCAUGCAGUGGCUGCCAACUUACCUGACACGCAGUCUGGGUGCCAGUAAUAGUCACAUUAUGUUUACUGCUGUGCCUUACAUCAUGAAUUCGCUUGUUGGAGUGGCUGCUGGACACUUUGCGGACUCAUUAAUUGCUCACAAAUGGACAGUGUUGUCAGUAAGACGACUGAUGACAUCUGUAGGACUUCUGGGUCCUGGCCUGUUCAUACUUUUUUUCAGUGCUGUCAAUAAUUUGCCUCUAGCUGUUUUCUUUGUUUCUCUCUCCUUGGGGCUAAGUGCCUGCAACUCAUCAGGUCACUUGAGCAAUCACCCAGAGGUGGCCCCAAAUCAUGCAGGCAUCACUUUUGCGAUCUCUAACACUCUGGCCACUAUUCCGGGAAUAAUGUGCGGCCCUUUGACAGCAGAGCUUGUCACACAGUCUCAUGGUCGGUGGUUCCCUGUCUUUGUCAUCGCAGCUGGUGUCAACUUUGUAGGUGCAGUCAUCUACCUCAGCCAGAGUGCAGCUAGCCAGGUCUUGUGACCAGCAGCUACUUGAGCAAAGAUGGUCAUUCGCAAUGCAGUUCAGUUAUCUAAUCAUCUGAUUUGUGAGGAAAUACCAACUGCACAAAGCCAAGCCUGCAAAAAUCAAAACCUCCUGUUGAGGAAUGCAGACCUUCAGCUAACUACUAGCAUCAAGUCCUAUAGUUGGAGAUAAGCCUGGCAAGUCUGUGGUAGUGACAGUGUUACAUAGUUGAUCACUUCAGUGUUACACGCAUCUGCUGGCCUACCCUUUGAGGUCCUUGGCAGAACAUACGACGAGUGAACAAAUAAGACAGUUUAUUUUUAAAAACAAAAUAUUGGAGGAUAAAAUGCUGUUCCAGAUGCAGCAAUGGACACAACCAAAAAAAGUGGCAGCUUUUUAGCUCAGACUAUUUUGAACUUAAUCUAUCUGGCAUUUCCUCCAAGGUCCUGAUCAUCUGUCUUGAUCAACUCAGAAUAUUACAAAUUGCAAGUUUGGGAUUUUUUAUUUUUAAUGCUACAUUCUAUUUACACUGCCAUGAUUAUGUUGCUGUAGACCUUUAGUUUUCCGGCGCAAAUAAGUUUUCCAUCUGCAUAACAGAGAUCUUGGAUCACAUUUAAGGUGAUCUGUUGCUUUGGAUAUUUGCCAAGUAUUUUGUAUAAGUUAAUUGCUAUACUUUUACUAGGGAUGGUAACAUUUGAUAGGUCAAAGUUCAGCUUUAAACUGUUGGAUGCAUCAAAGGAAAGAUGAGGGAUUGGGGGUAGGGGGAGACAAUGUGAUACAUUUGUUUUUAACCUAUUAUCCAAGUUUUUGUGAUUUGUGAGAACUGGUAUGAGCCAACAGAACAAAGUAAUGGCUGCUUACCGUUUUGUUACUCAUUUGCAUUGAUAAACCGUCGUCUUCUUUUGUAAGUCAUCAGUUUGCAAUGAGCAAGAUGUAACGUGUAACAGUCACAGAUUGAAACUGUGUUACUGCUGAAGUACUAGAUGCAUUAAAAGAUUGAAACGGAAAAUCAUGAGGAAAAGUUAAAGAACUGAUAGUUUUGUGUGAGGUCAUUUCAGAAGUUUUAAUUCUUUGAACAGUUUGAAUUUUAAUCUUAUCAUUUUUAAAUUAUUUGGAGCAGUUUGAUGAUACAGUUAAAAAAUAAAGGUUUUAUAAUAUAAUGCCAGAAAUUUCAUCCGCCGCUGUAAAAUCUCAGAUGUGGGAAAACUUAGUUGGCCGAGAACCAGGAAAUCUGUGACAGGUGUCAGCUGCAACUGUUUAUUCAGAGGGAGUUGAGUAAUGGUACAACUUUGCAGGGAUGGAAAAGGCUACUGUGGGAAUAAGUUGUAGGCACACAUAUUAUUUCAAUUUCAUUUGCAGUUAGAAUUUAUGAAUAGAAUUUUCCUUACAGGACUAUUAACUGUUUAGAGAUUGCUUUGAAAAAUGUCUUGUCUUUGGAGAAGAGGUGUCAUUUAAAAUCAUUUAGAUGGGAAAAUAUUUGUCAUUGGAUUUUUUCAUUACUACUGGUUUGUUCCAGCUUCACUCUGUGUGGAACAUAAAACCAACCUCAUAGGGCAAGAAACACAGUACAUAAGCAGCUCGUGGUGUGCUGGGUUGAAAGGAAAGCAAAACACAGUUCGUUCUUCAAAAAUGUAUCAAGGCAAGAGUAAAAUCAGUUCUGCUCUUGUACCAUUCAACAAUGAACAUAAGAUCAUAUUAAUUUUUUUAAAGAUGGAAUUUUCAGAAUAUUUACUCAAUAUUUCAAACUAAUUUGUGUUCUGCAUGUGUGCUAAGGAGAGCGAGGACAUUUUUUUUAUUUUUACCAGAGUGCAUGUAGAGUUAUCCUAGCAUAUCUGUUUCCAUGUAGACUUGUUGAAACUUUGACACUUUAUUCUUUGCAUAUACUAUAUGAACAGAUAUGUCAUUGAAUAAAAUGUUAAGCAAAGGUGUAAGCUGGAACUAGUUUUUCUCUCUUCUCAAAAACUGUGUAUGAAAACAAAGCAUUCAUUACAUGUGAAACAAAAUCUUAUCUCUUGCAAUCUCUCAUGUGAAUAGGCAUUCUGGCUCCUGAUCAUCUUGGGCUUUCUGCUUCAUUGUUAUUUGUUCAUGCAUGGAACUGAAUGCUUGCCAGAACAGAUGUCACCAAUAUGUGUACAUGCAAUAUUAAAUGUUUACUGGGAAGCAGACAUGAAUAGUUGUGAUUGUAUGCAGGUAAUAACCAGGUGCAUGUUCUUAGAAUUGACCCUGUGUGAACUGAAAACUGGUUUCAGCAUCGAGAUUACUGUACUAGAUUUAUAGGUACACUUGUCUGUCUGUUAGUAAAUACUGAAAUGACUAAAGACUGUUGCUGCAUAUUGUAAGCAUACUUUCCAGUCUUGCUUGGGAUGCUAGUGCAUACUUUGUGGUAGAAAUAAUUUCAGAUUUCUUUUUCAAGCCAUAUUUUUGUUUUCUUAAAACAUUUUAUCAGUGCAUUAACAGUUUAGGUGUAUAUUAUAUUAAAUAAUUCCAGUUCAUACCAUGACCAAAUCACUUAUUUUGCAUUUCAAAAGCUUAGAAGUCAAAGUGAAGGCUGGGCAGUUCAUCCACAGGAAAACCUCAACUAUUGCCCACAUUGUACUCUAAGACAUACAUUUUUGUGUUGCUUGAAUCUUACUUAAGAUGGCUUUUCUAUCCUUUUGCCUAAUGUUGUGGAAAGGUAAGGAUAGAACAAAGAAACUUUGAUGGUUUUUAAAUAGCUGCUUCUUUUGCUGGACAGCUUCUGAAAGAUCGAUCAGAAAAUAUGAACAUGCCCAGUUUAGUGUGUGUUUGUGUGCAUGUUAGCAUAUAUGAAUGAGACAUUUGUAUGCUAAGGUGUACAUGCUUGGGUCGGUGAAGGGAGAGUUGUUACAAAAGGUGGGCUUUCGAGGUCGAAGAUUAGAUAUCAUGAUCUCUGUACAGUGGUUUACCUAGUGUGUGCAAGACAAAAGAUGUGUACAAAGGCUUGAUUUUGUUUUCUUGCUCACGGUGAUAAAGAACUUGUGCAUUUUGCAAGACUUAAAUGGUUGUAUACAUAGCAGACCCAUUGCAGAUAUUUGUCUUGGAAUCUCACAGUUUUCAAAAGUAAUUCUGGGUGCAUAAGGGGGGUGAGGUUAGCAGAUUUUGGUGUCUUCUCUGUAAAGAGAAAUAAAACAGAGCAAGCAAACCA